CUUCCCUCGAGUUGCUGCUGUCUCCACUAACUUGGAUGCUAGGAUCAACGACAUCGUGGAACUUUCAGACUUGUGUGGCUUCCUGACCAGGAGGCAGGCUUUUCGGUCAAAUCCAUGUACAGAGCAUUGAUGGAGAACAGGUGUCCAGGAUUUUCCGCAUUCCCUGCAGAUUCUGUUUGGAGGAAAAUAGUUCCUUCAAAGAUAUGCUUUUUCAUUUGGACAGUGGCGCACAACAGC